UCUGCUGUUCUUGUACUCCCGGGCUAGUUCGAUAGUAGAAGGCUCCCUUGACAGCUGCGUGGUUUUUCUUGCUCUGCAGUCCGUUCUAAUUUUUCCUGCAUCGUAGAGAUGAGAUUGGACUGGAUUGGCUUUGGCUACGCGGCUUUAGUAGCUUCCGGUGGAAUAAUUGGCUAUGCAAAAGCAGGUAGUGUCCCAUCUUUAGCUGCUGGUCUUCUUUUUGGAGGGUUAGCUGGACUUGGAGCAUACCAACUGUCUCAAGACCCAAAGAACAUUUGGCUUUCUCUGCUUGCUUCCGGAACCUUAGCUGCCAUUAUGGGAGUGCGAGUCUACAACUCAGGGAAAUUCAUGCCUGCAGGAUUGAUUGCUGGGGCAAGUCUGAUGAUGGUUGGGAGACUUGGACUGAAGAUGUAUGACAAACAACACAAUGAAUAAUGGGGCAUUCUCUGUGGCUAAGAAGACGACCACACACCACACCAAAUAGGCCAUGCUAAACUCAGCAAAGCACAUACCCUAAUUUUUUAGUGACUAAAUUAAAACCAAACAUGUUUGUGAAUAUAGACACUCUUUUGUAUACAAGCAUUUCUUUCUCCAUUCCAGUAGGUACGAUUAUUGAUUGUUAUGGUAACUUUCUUGUAAUAUUCCUUUUCCCUCAAAGUAGUAACAAUAGAAGUAGCUGGAAAAAGACAAAGAAGCAGUUGGCUGAGCUAAGAACAGAGAUAAUAAACAGUGAGCCAGCAGGGGAGAUCUGUUUUAUCUGUUGACCUGUAAAAAAAAAAGAGAGAACUGGGUCAGCCACCACUUCUUUCUACUCCUGUAUCCUGCUCCUUUAAAGAGCUGCGUGGGCAUGGUGCUGACACUAUUUGCUGGUGUCACAUAAUCUCACAAAUUAAUGGAGCAAAACCACUCAUGUAGAUGUUUCCAGUAUGAAGGAACCAGUGAACUUUCCCCUGCCUGUUGUGCUCCAGAUGCUUAUGUCUCUGCAGAUGUCUUAAGCCAGCUUUCCAUAAUGUAGUGUUGAUCUGAUGUACUAGAAAUACAAUUUUCAUCAUACCCAACCAAGAUGAUGGAAAUGAAGGGAUUUCCAGACCCAUACGUGGGGAGGACAUCAGGAUGGAGGAAAAUAGAUUGAAUUUUCAAUUCUUGGUUUGUCCAUGAAGAAACAGGGAGAUUAUUUUUCCCCCUUACUAAAAUGCUCCUAAAAUAAAUUAUGUUUAUGUGAGCAAGUCUGUAUGGAACAUUGUACUCUUGUCUUCUUUCUCAAGCUGUUGUUUAUCACUGUUAAUGAGAAGGGGUUGAAAUGCAUUCUUUGAUCAUGAAUCUGUGCUUUGUCAUUUUAUCUAACAAUAGAGAAAACACUGAAUUUGUUCUUAUCUGUGAUUUCUUCAUGAUAUUAAAAACUUCCCAAAUUA